AUGGAGGGAAGAGGAACCAGAAAUGCUAUAACUGCAUUCUUCAAGUUUCCGGCUGCACCACCGGUGGGAUUAGUUCCAUUGCCGUCCAUGGUGGAGCAUGUGGUUAUGGAAAUAUGUACAGCCAAGGCUACGGAGGAAAACACGGCGGCACUGAGCACAGCCCUUUUCAACAAUGGUCGGAGCUUGCUUCGAGAUCAAGUGCGCCGAAGAUCCAAGGUGGUGCAACCCAGGAAGACCCUCCAUUUUGUCACCGCCACAAACUUUUGUCCACCCAACUAUGCUUUACCAAAUGACAAUGGUGGGUGGUGCAACCCUCCUCGAACCCACUUCGACCUCGCCAUGCCCAUGUUCCUCAAGAUUGCCCAAUACUGUGCCGGUAUUGUUACGGUCAAUUUCCGCCGGUGA